UCACUGCAAGAUGCGCUAAGUGAAUUUUCAUAUAGAGAUGCCCAUGGCCAAAGUGAAGAACUUAGGCAAUAUAAAACCCUGGUUCACUCUCAGGCACGAGAGCUGACUCAGUUACGGGAGAAGUUACAGGAAGGGAGAGAUGCCUCCCGCUCACUGAAUCAGCAUUUCAAGGCCCUCCUUGCUCCUGAUGACCUUGAAAAGUCCCAGGGUCAGGACCUCCAAGAGCAGCUGGCUGAGGGGCGCCGGCUGGCAGAGUGCCUUGUUCACAAGCUGAGCCCAGAAAAUGAUGAAGAUGAGGAUGAAGAUGAGAUGGAUGAGGAGAUUGAGAAAGUACAGGAAUCACCUGCCCCCAGGGAGGCGCAGAAGGCUGAAGAAAAGGAAGUCCCUCAGAAUUCACUGGAGGAAUGUGCUGUCACUUGUUCAAAUAGUCACAACCCUUCUAACUCCAACCAGCCUCACAGGAGCACCAAAAUCACAUUUGAGGAAAAGAAAGUUGAUUCUGCUCUGGUUGUAGAGAGUGAACGCUUUCAUGACGAAGAGGAGGAAGCUCUAAACAUUCUCCCAGAAAACGAAAAUGAUCAUGAGGAAGAGGAGGGGAAAGCGCCAGUGCCCCCCAGGUAA